AUGCUGCCCACCCCCUUCUCGGUGAAGGACAUCCUCAACCUGGAGCGGCCGGAGGCUACCGGGGGGGGUCCCCGCCGCCCCCGGGCCCCGGGCUGCCCGCAGCCCCGGCGGGGAGGACGAGCCGCCGCGUAAGUGACUGGCGGGGCCGUGGGAAAACGUUUGCUCGCCCACCCCUCCGAGGCAGACAAGAAGAAAGCCGACCCCUGCCACCAUCCCAAGCAGCGACAGCGCAGAAAACCCCGAGUUUUGUUCUCCCAGGCUCAGGUGUUUGAACUGGAGCAACGAUUUAAGCAGCAGAAAUACCUCUCGGCUCCGGAAAGGGAACACCUCGCCAGAGUGCUCAAGCUCACCUCCACGCAGGUGAAAAUCUGGUUCCAGAACCGCAGGUACAAGUGCAAGAGGCAAAAACAGGACAAAUCCCUGGAGCUGGCUGCCCACCCGCUGCCCCCCCGGAGGGUGGCGGUGCCCGUGCUGGUCAGGGACGGCAAACCCUGUCUGGGGGGCUCCCAGCCUCAUCCAGCCCCAUACAGCAUCACCGCCAGCCCUUACUCCUAUAGCUCCUACUACACUGCCUAUAGCAGCAGCCCCUAUGGUGUUAGCUAUGGGGGGGGCUAUGCUGGGGUGCCCCCCAGUGCCACCCCAGGCAGCCACACUGUCAACGGGAGCUUGGGCAUGGCCAGCGCUGCUCAGCACCAGCCUCCCUGCUUGCAAGCUGCCGUGCCAGCGGGAAUCAGGGCUUGGUAG